AUGGAGGACUUCACUGGCAUGUUGACACCUUCAGUGUCUUCCUCCUCUUUCCCCUUCUACCCAGUCACUCCUCCUCUCAGCUCCGUCCCCUCAGAGACAGACCUCACCCUCAAAAUCUCUACCGAUGUCACUCCCGAUGAUAUCCCCGUGGUGGUAGUCGUUGGAGUCGGCUACGUGGGAAGACAUCUCGUCAGCUCAUUCUCUUCAAAUUAUCAAGUCAUCGGCUUUGAUGUUUCUGAGAAGCGCAUUCAAGAUCUUCGACAUGAGUUCAAGGACAACGACAACGUUAGCUUUUCACGAACUCAGAAUGAUCUUAUCGCUGCUACCCACUUUCUCAUUUCGGUGCCUACGCUGUUGCGGCCUGAUAAGACUAUUGAUUCUUCGUAUCUUCGUGAUGCUCUCAAGAUGGUCGGCCAAGUUGCCCGUCGGGGUUCGACUAUUGUUAUUGAGAGCUCUGUUGCUGUUGGUAUGACCCGUGAGUUGGUCGGGCCCAUCGCCAAGAAGCUUGGUCUUUUUGCUGGCAUGUCUCCAGAGCGCGUUGACCCAGGUCGCACCGAACCCCCUGUCAAGUCGAUCCCCAAGAUCAUCUCAGGUCUCGACGACAUCCUCCCCGGCUCCCUCGAUGCCAUCAACCGCAUAUACUCCACCAUUUUUGACAACGUCGUCACCGUAUCCAAGCCUGAAGUUGCCGAGAUGAUGAAGCUGUACGAGAACUGCCAACGUAUGGUCUGUAUCGCCUACGCCAACGAAAUGGCUGAUGCCUGUAUCCCGCACGGUAUCGACCCCUACGAGGUCUGUUCCGCGGCGUCUACCAAACCGUUUGGCUACAUGUCUUAUGCCCCUGGUGUCGGUGUCGGCGGACACUGUAUUCCCGUCAACCCCUACUAUCUUCUUGCCAACAGUUCAUUUCCUCUGCUUGAAGCCUGUUCAUCCGCCAUGAGCAACAGACCCGCCAAGCUUGCCCAGCGUCUCAUCAACUCACUCCCCAUCACCGAGCGUCGCCCACGUGUGCUUGUCGUUGGUCUUGGUUUCAAGCCUGGUCAAUCUCAGCUUGACAACUCACCUGGUGUCGCGCUUGUUCGAAAGUUGGCUGUUUCGGGUGCUCGGAUUGACCUCAGUUGGGCUGAUGCGUUGGUCAAACAAGAGGCUGUGCCUCAGGUUCCUCGUCUUGGUGAGCGUGAUUGGAACAAGAGCUGUUUGGAGACAUUUGAUGUCAUUGUGGUGGCUAUGAAGCAGCACAACAUGGACUUUCCGCUGCUCGCAAAGUUGGAGGGUGUUCGCGUGGAGAGCUGGUGCAAGUGA